AAAAAAAAAAAAAAAAGGCAUCCGCCGAAUAUGGAUUGGACCGUGAUUUCGAGGUUUGGUGCUGAAAAUCACGAGACGUUCAGAUCGUUUCGAUAUCGAGGGAAUCAAAGCACCACCAGGGGCCAUUCCACUGAAUACCUACGACGGUCAACGGGAUCAUCUUGAUCCAUUGGUCAAGCGUUAUGCUAGUGCGGGGCUUCAUCGUUACAAUAUGUUGGAGGGGACAAACUUCAAGCUCGAGGCCGUUACGAAAUUCAACAAGUUGCAGAAUUUUGUGUCCCCUUACUACAUCACUUUGCUUGCCCAAGAUUUGGUUAGCGGUUCGCAUCAAACUUUUCAGGUUCUUGUUGAUGAAAAAGGUGUCGGCAGGUUGGACAUGAUCGUUGAAAUUGCUAGACCUAAAGGUGUGACCACCAAGGAACCCCCCAUACCUUGUGAUAGUUUUUCAGUGGGUGAUAAAUUGCCUGAGUGGCCGUCGCCGGAUUCUUUCAAUGAUACAAAACGAUUUUACCUGGUGAAGGAAUCGGAGUUGCAAAAUAAUGAUUGGAUUUAUCUGUAUUUGGAACUUGUACUCUGUGCAAUUGAUAGGGUCGGAAUCUCAGAUAGCGAUCUGUCCAAGCUGAGGAUUGUCAAAGCGGUGAUAGAAACCAAGGAAGAUAUGAUGCCGCCAAAUGAGAGACUCAAAGCCAAAACUGCAGUGGUCUACAUAACUUUUAAGGGCAUGACCAAUGCUCAGGUUGCUGGUGAGCAUGAUGAACGUAAAGCAAUGGUUAGAAGAAUCUUCAAUGAGGAUACAGGACGCUUGUCUCUCAGGGGUCACUUGAUUGCAGAGAAUCCAUAUGUAAACAUUGACCCUGUUACUUUUUUCAACUCUCACGCGCAUACAGAAGCUGUGCGUCGUGCUCUGGAGCUGCCGCUGCCGCCGUAUAUCCGUUAACCUUAAUAGUUUGAUGGCAAGAGAUUUAUAUAAAUUAAUCAGUUAUUUUAUCUGUUUCGCCGAAAUAUAAAUUAAUCAGUUAUUUUA